AUGCCCGCCGCUGAAUUCUGGGCUCCCCCUCCCGAGCCGAAGACCAAGCUCGGUCGCCACCGUCUGCUCUCGCCCACCGCAGGGGUUCACGUCUCGCCCAUCUGCCUCGGGGCGAUGAGCAUCGGAGACAAAUGGGCACAAGGCGCGGGAAUGGGGGCGAUGGACAAGGAGUCGAGCUUCAAGCUCCUCGAUGCGUUCUACGAGGCCGGAGGCAACUUCAUCGACACUGCGAACAACUACCAGGACGAGACGUCCGAGAUGUUCAUUGGCGAGUGGAUGGAGAGCCGUGGAAUCCGCGACCAGAUGGUCAUCGCGACCAAGUACUCGACAAACUCGAAACGCGGCCGCAGCGAUAUCAAGCAGCAGACACAUUACGUCGGGAACAGCAUGAAGUCCCUCCACAUCUCCGUCGAGGAGUCCCUAAAGAAGCUCCGCACGUCUUACAUCGACAUCCUCUACGUCCACUGGUAUGACUACGUCACGAGCAUCGAAGAGAUCAUGAACGGCCUACACGCGCUCGUCCUCGCCGGGAAGGUCCUCUACCUCGGCGCAUCAGACACGCCCUCCUGGGUCGUCGCCUCCGCGAACCGCUAUGCGCGCAUGUCUAACCGCACGCCCUUCUCCGUCUAUCAGGGCGCGUGGUCCGUGCUCGAGCGCGACUUUGAGCGCGACAUCAUCCCCAUGUGCCGCGCCGAGGGUAUGGCGCUCGCGCCCUGGAACGUCCUCGCCGCCGGACGCAUUCGCACGGACGCGCAGGAGGAGGAGCGCAGGAAGACUGGCGAGAAGGGGCGGAUGAUGCUGUCCGCGGACUGGGAGCGCACGGAGGAGGAGAAGCGAGUCGCGAAGGUGCUGGAGGAGGUUGCCGCUGAGGUUGGCGCUCCUACCAUUCAGGCUGUCGCGAUCGCGUACGUGAUGCAGAAGACGCCUUUCGUCUUCCCCAUCAUCGGCGGACGCAAGGUCGAGCACCUCUACCAGAACAUCGCCGCGCUCGACGUCGCGCUCACGGACGAGCAUAUCCGGAAGAUUGAGGCCGCUGCGCCUUUCAACAAGGGCAACAUGUACAAUCUCUUCGGAGACGGCAGUGACUAUGGCUUCUUCUUCAAGAGCGGGGGCAAUUUCGAUAUGUGGCCCACUGCGCCGGCGCUCCGUCCCGCAAAGCAGUAAAUUUGUUCCCCGGACGUAUUCGGUACCCUCAUAUUCUUCAAAGCUGCCCUGGCACUGGUGUUCAUGACACUGUUGUAUGUUUGCAUUCUUGUAUGUACAAGUCCCGAUACGGACAUGUCUAGACAAUAGUGUAGCACUUAGGAUUGCUACGC